GAGCUUCAACCACGGUCAGCUUAUAGAAGUACAAAAAAAGUAAUUUAAUUUAACCAAAUUUAAAACGUAUUUUCACUGCAAAGCAGUCGUAGUUUUUCCUUUGAAUUGUAUUUUUUACCAUCCUGGUCGGGAAGAAAAUGCAUUUCCGGCAGCCGUUUUAAUAUGUUGUUAUGGCAACGAAAUCCACCUCCAGUGUUGUAAACUGAAGUAAACGUAACGUUAGCUACAGCCCAGCUGCCAAGAGUUAAAUUCAGCUAAUUUUAAAACACCUGUAAAUUAUACAGACACCGUCGCAUCCAUGGCCCAUUACAGAGCGUCAGAAUCGAAACGAGAGCAAUUCAGAAGAUAUCUGGAAAAAUCUGGAGUUCUUGACGCUAUAACAAGCGUUUUAGUGACACUUUAUGAAGAGAAUGACAAACCUAACAAUGCAUUGGAUUUCAUAAAGCUACACCUCGGUGCAGCUGCUCCGGAGCCAGCGGACGCUGUGGCUCUUCGCAUGGAGCUGGCUGACCUACAACAGAAAUGCAACCUGCUCAUGGAGGAGAACAAAGAGCUGAGGAACAGGGUGAGAUGCUGCUGAUGCAGUAUGAACCGUCACCUGAAGAGGGAGCAGCAGAGUAGAACGGAGGGUUUUUUCAUUGCUGUUUGGGGUAAAAAGAGAAAAGUAGCCUUUUUGGAGAAUAUUUAAAUGUUUAUUGCAUAAUCACAAAAUCACUGUUAUUUUUGUUGUAACAAGAAGCAACUUUUCCUUUGUCAUAAAUAAAUGUUUUUUCAGCA